UGCUGUCGUACAAGAAAAUCGAGCAUACCCGGUAGCAGUCUUGUUUCAGUUAGGUCAGUGUUGUUAGCGAAAACAUUACGUGUUUUAACACCAUUCUUCACGUAUUUAAAGGAGGGGGCUGCAGUAAAACUGUACCGGAAACAUCAGUACAUUCUUUGAGGUAAGAUAAUGGAUUGCUGUGGUCUGCUAACUCUUCAGAAGGAACCAGUUCCUCUGAAGAGCAUUGAGGUGGAGCUGGAGGUGAGGGACCAUGUGGCUACAGUGGUCUCCACUCUGAACUAUGAGAACAAGGAGGACAAACCAUUAGAGGCCGUUUUUGUCUUCCCUCUGCCUGGAGAUGCUGCUGUCUGUCAUUUCAGCGCUCAGAUUGGACAGACACAGAUUGUAGCUGAGAUGAAGGAGAAACAGAAGGCUCGUGAGGAGUAUGAUGAUGCUCUGAGCUCCGGUCAGCAGGCCUUCCUAUUGGAGGAGAGUGAUCAGAGUCCAGAUAUAUUCUCUCUACGUGUGGGCAGUCUGCCUCCAGGAGAGAGCGCCUCCAUCAGGUUGGAGUACGUCACUGAGCUGGCUGUGCAGGCUGAUGAUGGUCUGAGGUUCUGUCUGCCUGCUGUGCUCAACCCUCGAUACCAACCUCAGGGUAGUGAAGGUGCAGGUGUCCAGGUGACUUCUGUUCCAGCCUCUCUGGUGCCCUACAGUCUGUCUUUCUCUGCCCGAGUGUCCUCUCCUCGUCCAAUCUCUAAAGUAGAGUCCAACUGCUCCCUGGACCCUCUGCAGUACCUCAACACUGAUCAAACCCAGGCCACGGUCAAGCUGGCUGCAGGACACAAGUUUGACAGAGAUGUUGAACUGCUGAUUUAUUACAAAGACGCCCACCAGCCCACUGCUGUGGUGGAGGCAGGACAGGCCUCUGCUGAGCCGGGCUCUCUGAUGGGUGAUCCAGUGGUGAUGGUGAGUCUGUACCCUGAGUUCCCCCAGUCUGUGAUGUCUUCAAAGGCUUCAUGUGGAGAGUUUGUGUUCUUAGUGGAUCGAUCUGGAAGUAUGGACUGUACUAUGAAUAACACUGAGCAGCAGGAAACUCGGAUCAGCAGUGCCAAGGAUACUCUGCUGCUCCUGUUGAAGAGUUUACCAAUGGGCUGCUAUUUCAACAUUUACAGUUUUGGGUCUAGUUAUGAACACAUCUUCCCUAAGAGUGUAGAGUAUGGUGAGAAGACCAUGGAGGAGGCUCUGAAGAAAGUUGAGCAGAUGGAGGCUGAUCUUGGAGGAACAGAAAUCCUGGAGUCACUCAAACAUAUUUACAGCCAGCCCUGCAUUCCCACUCAGCCUAGACAGCUGUUUGUCUUUACUGAUGGAGAGGUGGAGAACACCAAAGAAGUGAUCGAUCUGGUGAAGAAGAAUUCAGGCUCCCACAGGUGUUUCUCUUUUGGGAUUGGGGAAGGGGCCAGCUCUGCUCUCAUCAAUGGGAUGGCCAAGGAAGGAGGAGGUCACGCUCAGUUCAUCACAGGGAUUGACAGGAUGCAACCAAAAGUGAUGCAGUCGCUGCGAUUUGCUCUGCAGCCAGCUGUGGAAGAUGUUUCUGUUACAUGGGAUUUACCAAAGGGAUCAACUGUCACUGUCCUCUCUCCACCAAUCACAACCAUUUUCCAGGGUAAAAGGUCACUGAUUUAUGCACAGCUUACUGGACAGAGCUCAGAGGCAGCAGAGGGCUGUGUGACGGUGAAGUACAGCCUGGCAGGUCAUCCCUCUGAGAACCAGCUGCACUUCAGUCUCAGACCUGCAGAGAACUCUGGCUUAAUAGUCCACAGGUUAGCUGCUCGGACUCUUAUUUGCUUGCUAGAGAUGGAAGCAGAAAACAAUGAGGAAAAAGAAGAAGUAAAAAAGAAGGUGGUGCAGCUGAGUGUCCAAUCAGGAGUGAGCAGUUCUUUCACUGCUUUCAUUGCUGUCAAUAAAGACAACAACAAGGAGAUUCAAGGACCUCUUCUGCACCGAGAUAUUCCAAGUAUAAUCUUAUCUUAUCUUAUCUUAUCUUAUCUUAUCUUAUCUUACUGA